AUGCAAAGGUUAAAUAUAAGAUGUUUAACUUUUGUUAGAAAUAAUAUAAUUAAUAAUAAAAAUAGAUAUACAUUUGGCAGUGGUUUAGUAAACUUUAGCAGUAGUAGUAAUAGCGAUAAAGUAAAUAUAUUUAAUACAGAAUUAAAGAAGAAACAGAGAUCAUAUGUUGCAAAGCUAGAGGAUGCACAAACAUAUGAUUAUUUAUUCGAUGAAGUAGGAAAGCGUUUGGUAGACAGAAUAUUCGAUAUUAAAGAUCUAAAGUUUGAAUCUGUAUUGGACUUUGGUUGCAGAAAUGGAACUGUCUUGAAGCAAUUAGAUUCAAUAGUCAACGAUAACAACAGUGAUAAUAGUAAAUCAAUUGACUAUCAUAUGGUUGAUUCAUCAAAAGAUAUGCUAUUUAGAGAUCAACAUUUAGAUAUAAAUUAUAAAAUUAAACCAAAUAGAAUAUUAGUUAAUAAUAUGGAAGAACCAUUACCUUUUCAACCACAACAAUUCGAUCUUAUUCUUUCAAAUCUAUCGAUACAUUGGAUGAAUGAUCUACCCGGUGUAUUCUCACAUUUAAAGUCAUUGUUAAAACCCAACGGUGUAUUUUUGGCAAGUCUAUUGGGUGAAGAAACAUUAACUGAAUUAAAAGAUUCAUUGUAUCUUGGAGAUAUUGAAAGACAUGGUGGAUUCACACCUCACAUCUCACCAUUUGCCAAAUUGAGUGAUGUCGGUAACUUGUUGUCAAAGGCAAAGUUCAACCUUCCAACGGUUGACACUGAGAAGAUUGUUAUAAAGUAUGGCUCGAUGUUCUCUCUGAUGAGAGACCUCCAAGCGAUGGGCGAGAAUAAUGCAACCUACAAAAGCAGGGUGAGUGGUGGUCGCGAUACCUUUGUCGCCGCACAAUCAAUCUAUCAAAUGCUCUAUGGCAAUGACGAUGGUUCACUGCCUGCCACCUUCCAAGUGAUCUAUCUCAUCGGUUGGUCACCACACCACUCCCAACAAAAACCAUUACCCAGAGGCAGUGCCAAACGUCAUCUCUCUGAGAUUUCAGACAACUCUAUCAAUAUUAAAUUGAAUGAGAAUGGUGGAAGCACAACUACCACAACAACUUCAAAUACCCAAACUACAAAAAAUCAACAACAACAACAACCAUCAUCAACAACUACAACAACAACAUCCACAAAUAGUUCACUUGAAUUUGAUGCUACACUUCUAGAACCAGUUCCAAAAUCCGAUGAUUUCAUUAUUAAAAGAUUAGAUAAACAUGGAAAUUUACAUGAAGUUAAUAAUCCAGAGAAUAACAAUAGCAAUAACAAUAAUGAUAAUAAUAAUAAAUAA